AUGACUCAUUUUACAUCACCUCCUUAUCUCCGACGAGAUCAAAGAAUCUAUAUGUUUGACAGUUACAGAUUUUCUGAAGACGAGAUCAAAGUCCUUAUCGACGGAGACAAUUCCUAUACCCAGCUUACCGGUCGUAUCAUCCACCAAUUACUCGAUGAACGCGUCCAAUCGUCGGAGCCUGGUGACUUCCUCGCCGUUCAUUACAACGGACAUGACACUCGCCUUCCUGCCGAAACGGGUGACGAUGACGAUAUUGGAUAUGAGGAGUGUAUCGUUCCAAACGACUUCAACCUAAUUAAUGGUAUGAUACUUUCUUCGAUUAUGUUCUUGUGA